AUGGCUGGCUUCGCAGCGUCAAGAGGAAAACGUCCUGCGGAGCCAGCUGAUGAUUCUCAUCUAGAGACAAAUCUGGCCUCUAAUUCAUCAUCCCCAGCAUCGUCAUCACCUGUACCCUCCGCAUCUUCUCUCCAGCCAGCUCCAAAGCGUCAAGCUCCUUCACCAGCGCCUACUUCAGCCUCUUCGCAAAGCCAACUACGGUCAUCCGAAAGUCACAUCCACGACUUGCUGCCCAUUGUGCCAACUUCAGUUACCACGUCAUCUUCAAAUUACGGCCGCAUCAACGCAGAAAACGAAACCAACCUAGGACUUCUCAAAAGUGUACCGAAGGAGUCUGAGUCUUGGGCUUGGAAGAUGCAACCUACCUAUCUUGAUAUGGGACAUGAUAUCAUAAUGAUUUUGCAAGCACUUGUUGAUGGCAGUCUUACGCUAACUGGUAAUCGCAUCGCAGGCAAGCACUCGAUAUCAAAGGACGUAGUCGCUGGAUCCCUAAGUUCAAGACAUAAUUCCAAUUGGAGUGCAAACACACCCCUCCUUUUCAUGCUGCCUCCUGAAUUAAUCGACUGCGUCCUGUCGCACCUCUCUGCCACAGAUCUGCUCUCUGUCGCGGCCACUUGCCGGCAGCUUCACAAGCAAGCCGUGUCAGACUUCCAUUGGAUGCAUUGCAUUCAGCGAAAUGUACCAGGUCUGACACUGACCAACCCCGGGCCCUGUAAUAGCUUUCGGGAGCUUUACGCUGCGCAUGACCCAAUCUGGUUCCUGCCCAAGUACAAGAUAUGGUUCUGUGACAGGGAUCUAACGGGCAAGCUGAUUAUCGUGCGCUUUGACCCUAGGAGAGGGUGUAUUGAAGGGUACCAAUUGCUAGCAGUGAGCAACAGGAACACAUUCGAACACUGGCCAGCAGACAAUCAGGUUAUUAUUCAUGGAUUUGAGCCGCAGGUGAAGCUGCACCUCGACAAACCCGUCCUGCAGUUCGAUGUCCAAGACAGGCAGGAGGUCGGAGAUUUUGCUACCAGACCCGGCGCUAACCGCUUCGCUGCCGAGAGACCAAUGACACGCGGAAACCGUUCAGAUCCAAUGUUCAGCAACUUCUUGCUCACACGGCCGUUGGAGCCUGAAGUAGCGGAUGAGAAGCUCGCCGCUGACUACCCUUACGACAAUGUCUGGCCACCGCCAACUAUCCCAGCUCGCCACCACGUGUCUGGCGCAAGAUCCGGUCAAGCUGUGAUUGACCUGUCGCCGGAUGAUCGGCCUAGGUCUAGAGGGGAGGUCUCUGACCAGACCUUCCGUAUUCGGCAGUGGAUGCAAAUGCCAGGGACGCCGUCGCCGCCGAGCCUCAUUGGGGGACAAGCAGGCGGCUUUGCAGGCAUGGUGCAGGUUCUCAAUGGACUAAACGGCCAAGAAAACGUCAUACCAGUUGCCGGUGCUGCGGGUAUUCAUAUUGGAGAGGAAAUCAUCACAUACUCAACACUUGACCCGGUCCUGUACACGCCGACAGUCACGAAACCUUGGAGGGGUAUAUGGGUUGGGGAUUAUAGUGGUCAUGGUUGUGAAUUCCUGCUCAUCAAUCAGCCAGAUGAUCCUCCCAUCACUGAUGUUGAGCUUGGAUUGGUGCGAGAAGCCGAAGAGGCGGACGGGGCUUGGGAAAAAAGGAGACGGGAAGCCCACAUGUACCGUGGCCGCUUAGAAGCAAUAAAGCUGACCGGGGAUCCUAAUGUGCCGCGCGGCGAGUACACUUUUGUUGCUGAUGAUCUCGGCCCCGGAGGCUACGUAGGGAUAGCCACAGACCCCCCUUUCGCCGGAACCAGAGUGGUGAAGAGCAAAGGACAUGUUGCCGCAACUGGCUUCGUUCGAGAUAAAUAUAUUGAAAGUCAGCUCUUGCUCAUUGGACCAAAUCGCCUGGCUCAAUAUUGGGUUGGCUUUGGCCAUAUCAGCUUCUUCGAGCGGGUUCAAGUCGACAGCCUGAUUGUGCCAUAA